CAACCUUUAUUCCAAAACAUCACAAAAUCAGACCAAAUGGUCGCCCCGCCAAAACCCCGCGUUUUGUACAUCUGUACUCAACUUCAACACCAAAAUCAAAAACCCACCUCCUGUUUCUAUCCCUAUUGAAACCUGCAUUAUAUCAACAAUCCCAUAUACGUAACAGGGUUACUGUGACAAGAGGGAUACAACUUAUUUUGGUACCUUGGUAUUAACACACGCUACACUUCUUGCUCAAGAAGAGUAGCUUCCAACGACACGUAAACAUGGCUGCUAGACUUAUCGAGAGCAGAUCUCAUAUUGUUCCUGGCAAGCUGAAAAUAACGGAACUGUUCUUCGAUGUUCCCCUGAACUACUCAAGCAGCUCCUCUGAGACCAUACGCCUAUUCGGGAGAAGUGUUACCAAACAUGAACCAACAAUUGCUACUUUGAGUGACGAAGAACUUCGGAAGAAGUCGCAAAAGCCAUGGUUUGUCUAUCUCCAAGGCGGUCCUGGCUUUGGAUGCAGCGCCCCUCAAUCGAUGGCGGUGACAAAUCUUGUCCUCGAGCAAGGCUAUCAGAUGCUCUAUCUGGACCAGCGGGGCACCGGGCUUAGUUCCACCAUCACUGCUGCUACUCUAGCCACGAAGGGAGACUCGCACCAACAAGCAGAUUAUCUGAAGGCAUUCAGGGCUGACAGCAUUGUUCAAGAUUGUGAAGCAGUCCGCAAGAAUCUCACUGCCGACUACCCCCCUGAGCUAAAAAAAUGGUCUAUCUUUGGCCAGAGUUUUGGUGGGUUCUGUGCUGUUACCUAUCUUUCACAGUUUCCACAAGGAUUGAGGGAGGUUUUUACUUCCGGUGGUAUCCCACCUGUUGGAAAAUCACCAGAAGAGGUCUACAAAGCAACCUUCGCUCAGGUAAUCAAGCGAAACCAGGCGUAUUAUCAAAAAUUUCCAGAGGAUAUUGAGGCCGUACACGACCUGGCAAUAUAUAUUAAGUCUCAAAAUGGGCUAAGCCUACCAGGUGGGGGCACCUUAACUGUUCGGAGAUUCUUAAUGCUUGGACUACUCCUCGGUGGCCAUGGUGGCGUGGACACCCUCCAUGGCAUCAUUAUGCGCAUGCGAUCGGAUCUUUCACAAUUCACCUUCUUCACUCGCCCAACUCUAUCAAUCGUUGAAAGCCUCGUUGGAUUCGAUGACAACAUUAUCUAUGCUAUCCUUCACGAAUCGAUCUAUUGCGAAGGUCGGGCUUCGGACUGGGCCGCUUACCGCGUGGGACAGUCCCUCGCUGAGUACCACUGGAUGUUCUCCACACCGUCAAGCCCCGCAACAGUGCGCCAAAAUCCACUCCAUUUCUCGGGCGAGAUGAUCUAUCCCUUCACAUUUGAGACGUACCCAGAGCUUGCAAAGCUGAAGGAUGUUGCGCAGCUCAUCGCCGACUAUGAUGGGUGGCCAGUUUUAUACGAUGAAUGGCAGUUGGCUCGGAAUGAGGUGCCGGUUUAUGCGGCGACGUUCGUCGACGACAUGUAUGUCGAUUUCGGGCUUGUUCAAGAAACAGUGGCGAAGAUCAAGAACUGCAAACAGUUUAUCACAAACGCCGUGUACCACGAUGCUAUAAGAAGCAAAACCGAGGAGGUGGUGAAGGCUUUGUUUGCACUGAGAAACGACCACAUAGAUUAGAGGCUCUGAGAGGCGGUAAUAUAGAUUAGAGACAUCACUGUUGAUGCUAUAGGAGGACAAUAUCUCAGGCGAUCGAUUGUUUGUACAAAUCUUCAUUCUCCAACGUGGUAGCGAUAGAGAAUAUGGCAACAAACUAUCGCCUGGGGGCAUGCAUAGCUCUAAAUUGGAUUUUUAUGCAUGGCCAACUUUGAAGCAUUCAGCUGACCAAAUCUUUGCCAAAAUCAAUCAAUCGCAAACGUCUCGCAUCCUUUGGAUGAAACUGUGCCAC